UAUUUAUCAUUAAAACUUGCAUAUAAUUUAAGACAAUUAGCAAUUGGUAAAGAUACUAAUUGGUUUGAAGUGACUGAUGAAGAACUAAGUAAAAUAAGUCCAAAAGAUAAUUCAUUUGAAGGAUUUCCACCAGUUUAUAUAACAGCUGGUACAAAUGAAAUAUCAAUUGAUGCCAUUCGUGAUAUGACUAAGAAAAUGCGAUCAGCAGGUGUAGAAGUAAUAUUAGAUGAAGGUAAAGGAUUGAUGCAUACAUAUGCUUUAUUUCACCUUUGGUCACCACAAAGUAAAUAUGUUCAAGAAAAAAUUCAUCGUUGGACUCGAGAACAAUUGGUAAUUGGAAUGCUAUCAAAAUCAAAAAUAAAUACGAUUACAAAAAAUCCAGAGUGUCAUUAA